AUGUCCUCUUGGACUUGGGCUCCGAAGAAUGCCCGUCGCUCGCCGCUGAGGCUCAUCACCGGUCGCCAUAUCGCUACGGUCGGCGUGGCCAUCAGCUUUCUCUACCUUUUUUACGUCUUUGUGCUGCCGCAAUUUCUGCGGUUCCGCUUUCGCACGGACUUGAGCCAAUAUGACCUAGGUCUGUAUGGGUUCGGGCCUUCGACUGGCUACGUUUCCUUUGAAUAUGAAUCGCCGAUUAUCGAAAUCACGGAAUCCGAUUCAGGGUGUGACCCUCGAUACACAUUCCUUGCGCCCCGCGGUGAUUCGGUACCCCAAGCAGGUCCGAUGAUUCUCGAUGCUCAUGGCAAUCUUGUUUGGAUGAAGUACAACUGGGAGACCACACAGGAUUUCAAAGUCCAGCGAUAUAAGGGUGAAGACUACUUAACCUACUGGGAAGGUCGCGAGAUUGAGACUCGCGGCUAUGGAUCGUGGUAUAUGCUCGAUUCCACUUAUACCCAACGAUACGUGAUUAACCCUGUCGGCAACUACGGUGGUGAUCUGCAUGAAUUCACAAUAACGGACGAGGGAACAGCACUGGUGACUAUCUACGACCCAACGCCAGUGGACCUAACAGAUGUCGGAGGUCCGGAACUAGGCUGGAUAUUUGACGGCGUGUUCCAGGAGAUCGACAUCGAGACCGGUGAACUGCUGUUCGAGUGGCGUGCUUCAAAACACUAUCCUGUCAGCAGCACGUAUGAGCCUCUGGGCGAAGCUGGAACAGAUCGCGCAUCGGCUUUUGACUUCUUCCACAUCAACAGCGUCGGGAAAGAUGACCAGGGAAAUUACCUUGUUUCAUCCCGACACACACAUUCGGUCAGCUGCAUUGAUCCAAAUACCGGAUCUUUACUAUGGACACUAGGGGGCAAAAUGAAUGAUUUCACGGAUCUCUCGGAUGGUGAAGCAACGAAUUUCGCCUGGCAGCAUGAUGCGCGGUGGCACGCGAACAGCACCUUAACGCUUUUCGACAACGCGGCCCACUCCUACAAUGAUCCAGACAAUGAGAGUCGCGGGAUGGCUAUUCAGCUGGAUAUCCCCUCCCGUCAGGCCUGGUUGCUGGCUGCUUACUAUCAUCCCCAACAGAUGAAGUCCGUAUCACAAGGCAAUGUGCAGAUGCUGGAUGACACCGGCCGUGUUCUAGUUGGCUGGGGCCACAGUGCCGCCUAUACCGAAUUCAGCGCCGAUGGAGAGUUGCUGUGCAAUGUCCAUUUUGGCGCUUCGGCCUUCUUCAGCUUUGGACGCGUUGUCUCCUACCGUGCCUUCAAGGGUGACUGGGUGGGACACCCUCAGACGACCCCUGACGCUGAGGUCGACGAUGGCAAAGUGUACGUGAGCUGGAACGGUGCAACAGAAGUUACAUCAUGGAGAUUAGAGGUGUGGACAUCCGACGAUUUGACCGAGUCCUCGUUUGGGGUAGUGGCACAAUUCGAAAAGACUGGGUUUGAGACAGAAAUCGACAUUCCGGAGGACCUUGGUCCUUUAUUCCGGCUCGCAGCUCUAGACUCCGAAGGGAAUGUCCUUGGUGUCACCGAGGUGCUCCAGAAAGAGCAAAGGUCGAGUUCCGACAAGUUUCUCGAUCUGCACAAUUGGGUCCUGGGCCUCGCAAUGGUCGCUGCCCGUGAACCGCGCUGCUCGUGUCCUCUUUCUUCCUGUACAUAG